AUGAGUAUCCCCGCGGAAGACACCAUGCAUUCCAUCAAAUUCUUUUUACUCCUGGCUGUCAUCAUCUCAAGUGAAGCUCAGAGGCCAUUUUACGCUGGCUCAAGUGCAAUCGGAUAUCCUGAAACAAAACCUAAUAGUCUUCUACUCAACCGUUUCGGAGAAAAUGAAGGUCCACUCGAAGCAAGGGCAAUUAAGUUUUUUUUAAUCUUUGCACUCUUCGUUGCGCCGAGUUUAUGUCAAAGACCAGCUUACGCUGGAAGUAGACCGAUCGGUUACCCCGCUCUUGAGGAGACAACAGAAGCGCCUACGAGUGCUAUAGUAGAUUCAAAAAUGGGUUCAGAAAUAACAACAAUGGCGACAACACCACGAACAACAACUGUAAGGCUACCCAUUGAGGCUAUGGGAGACAGAAGACUUGUCGAAUACCUUCUCAAACUGCCCUUAGAUAAACAGCCGUUCUGGUUGAUAAAUUGGCAAAAAUUGGAAGACAAUAGAACUAAGCCGAAAACUUAUCCACUCAAACCAAAUUCGUACCUUCAUCAUAUACCCACAUCUCGUCCUCAACCCACACGAUUUUCUUAUCAACCGAGAUCAUUUCAAUUAUAUUAUAAGUGA